AUGGAGUCUGCUAGAAAAUCAUUGCCUGAGGAUCUGAAUGAAGAUAUGGAGGUGAAAGAGAACCGACCGAAUGAGAUACCAGAAUUAGUCACGAGUGGAUCUGUUGAUGAGGGCGAUUCGAUUCCCGUAGAUUUGAGACCUGAAGAUGUCGAUAUGAGUUCCCUAGCUUUUGAAGAGCCGGCAGAAGAGGUCAAAGAGAUUUCUGAGGCGAUUGAUGAUGAGAAAGAAGAAGAAGAAGUGAAGCCUGAGGCGAUUGACGAUGAGAAAGAAGAAGAAAAGAUUCCUGAACCCAUCGUUGAAGAAGAGAAGAAGAUUCCUGAGCCCAUCGUUGAGAAAGAAGAAGAAAAGAUUCCUGAACCCAUCGUUGAAGAAGAGAAGAUUCCUGAGCCCAUCGUUGAAGAAGAGAAGAAGAUUCCUGAGCCCAUCGUUGAGAAAGAAGAAGAAAAGAUUCCUGAACCCAUCGUUGAAGAAGAGAAGAUUCCUGAACCUAUUGUUGAGAAAGAAGAAGAAAAGAUUCCUGAGCCCAUCGUUGAGAAAGAAGAAGAAGAAAAGAUUCCUGAACCCAUCGUUGAGAAAGAAGAAGAGAAGAAGAUUCCUAAGCCUAUCAUCGAAGAAGUGAAACCCCGAAAGAACGCUCAUUUGAGCAAGCCGUCAGUCUUUGAUAAUAUUGAUAGUUCUGCGAGUCCGAUAGAUAGUGUAGACACGCCUCCGUCCCGCGUAUUUAACCGUCGCAGUUCAUUGUUGGAUGAGCACGAUAUGGAGCGCGCUCGCGAACGAGCUUUGAAGGAUGCGGAACGACAAAGAGAAAGCGAAGAACGUCGGAAAAAGCGCCAGUUAGAGCGCGAAGCGCGUCGCAAAUCCAUUCAGCCUGCCUCCACUUCUGUGUUUAGCAUGGGACCAACAGAAGAAGAAAAGAAACGUCACCUAGAAGAAGAACACCAGCAGUUCAUGCAGAAGCUGCGGCCUUAUUCUCCUUCGAAGCCAGUGAAGGAUCCGGCCGCUGAAACGGAACGUAAGCGUCAGGAGGCUAUUCGCAAGCUUCGUGAAGCGCAGCAACAGGAGGAAGAAGAGGAAGAAAGAAAGAGGAAGAUGGAAGAAGAAGAAAGAAAGAGGAAGAUGGAAGAAGAAGAAGAAGAGAAGGAGAAAAAGAAGAAGAUGGAAGAAGAAAAGUCGCGCGAAGCUGAGCGUGCUAAACAGGCUCUGAAGAUUAUUAUGGAGGAUGAGGAGACAAACCAGGAAGAAGAAGAAGUAGCAGAAGCUGCACAGAAGCCGAUGUUUAAUCGUCGUGGGAGCAUUACCGAAUUACUAAGCGAAUCUUAUGCUAUCCGACCUGUACGCCAAUCGUUUAUGCCCAAAGUCACGGCAAACGCACGCAACAGCAUAUUUGAAUAUGCUCAGUAUGGAGAUUAUAAGAAAAUCGAUGCACAGCAGGAAGAGAAGCAAGACGAGGAUAUAGAACAUAAGAUGGAUGAGUAUGCGAAGGAACAGAAGCGUGUCGGUGCGCUUCCUGUGGAAUCGCUCAAGAUCUAUCCAUACAGUGUUUUGAUUCAGCCGAAUCCUCCUUUUGACGUAGAUGCCAGAAGAAAAGAGUAUCAUUUGUCUGAGGAAGAAUUUCAAUCUGUAUUCAAAAUGACAAGAAGCAAGUAUGAGAGUCUCCCGAAUUGGAAACGUAUUCAACUCAGAAAGCAAACUGGUCUGUUCUAG